AUGUCCGGAACCAGUAUUCCUGUCCUCCUGGCCUAUGUUUCUGCAGUAAUGAGGCUCGAAGUCGGAGAUAUAAUCCUGACAGGCACAUCUAAAGGUGUAGGGCUCAUUCAGGCAGGCGAUGUAAUCACAGUAGGAUUGAGGGUUGGCUCAACUAAAGAGGUUUUGGCUGAUCUUAUAUUUGAUGUGGCUGAUCGACAUGGUUCUUCUUUUUUUUAA